ACGCCACACAACCAGCGACAGAGGAACGCCAAGGCCCUCAUCAUCAUCAAGCACAGCAACCCAGUUGUCUCAGGCGGUGUUUCUUUCCCUUGUAAGCCAAGAGCAAUGGUCAUGGCCUCCACCUCUGCUGCAGUGCUCCAAGGCAUCUCCACCCCUUUCCUCUCGGGCUCCAGGGCCGCCCGGAGUCUUCUGAACGCCACCGCCGGCGGCAGGGCUUCCUCAGCAGCAGCAGGUUCUCCGAGGAGGCUCCUUGUCGUCACCGCCGCCGCCCCGAAGAAGUCCUGGAUCCCGGCGGUCAAGGGCGGUGGCAACUUCAUCGACCCGGAAUGGCUUGAUGGCUCGCUCCCGGGUGACUACGGGUUCGACCCGCUUGGCCUCGGCAAGGACCCGGCCUUCCUGAGGUGGUACCGGGAAGCUGAGCUGAUCCACGGCCGCUGGGCGAUGACGGCGGUGGUCGGCAUCUUCGUCGGCCAGGCGUGGAGCGGCGUGCCCUGGUUCGAAGCUGGCGCCGACCCCGGCGCCAUCGCGCCCUUCUCCUUCGGCUCGCUCCUCGGCACCCAACUCCUCCUCAUGGGGUGGGUGGAGUCGAAGCGCUGGGUCGACUUCUUCAACCCGGAGUCGCAGUCCGUCGAGUGGGCCACCCCGUGGUCCCGCACCGCCGAGAACUUCGCCAACGCCACCGGCGACCAGGGUUACCCGGGCGGCAAGUUCUUCGACCCCCUGGGCUUCGCCGGCACCUUGCAGGACGGCGUGUACGUGCCGGAUGUGGAGAAGCUGGAGCGGCUGAAGUUGGCGGAGAUCAAGCAUGCCAGGAUCGCCAUGCUGGCCAUGCUCAUCUUCUACUUCGAGGCCGGCCAGGGCAAGACUCCACUUGGAGCGCUGGGCUUGUAAACAUCCCCAUAUACCUUCCUUCUGCUUUGCUUUUCCUUCUUGCACUUGUCGGCGCUGUAAAGUCGUCCUUCUGUAUGUGGUGGCAUUAGUGGUGGGCUUCUUCCUCGGAUCAACAUCUUUGUGUGUGUGUGGCUAAACUUCAAUGGGCUUUCUGCCA